CAGGCACCAUCACCAUCAGCUUGGCUUCACAGCUUCCACCUGGACCUUCCUACUCCUGAUCCAGCAUACACAAUGGCUUCAGCUUCUGCUCACAGCGAUGAUGAACACUCCCAGUCGUCAGCUUCAUCGUCGUCAUCAGCCUCAUCUUCAGGCUCGGCCGUUGCAGGUCCUUCUUCCGUCCCGCUAGAGGCCGGAUCCACCAAGAAAGCCAGCGCUGCGCCUCACGAUGACGCCGAAGCAGACGCAGAGGAGGAGGAGGAGGUAGUCAAGUCCUUCGCUGAGCUAGGCGUCUACCCUCAGAUCUGCGAGGCAAUUGAUCAAUUAGGCUUCAAGGCCCCCACACCCAUCCAAUCGCAGGCUAUCCCAGAGGCGUUGCAGGGCAGGGACGUCAUUGGCCUUGCGCAGACGGGUUCUGGAAAGACGGCUGCCUUUGCCAUCCCCAUUUUACAGGCACUGUGGGAUGAGCCACGGGGAGGAUUUGCUUGUGUUCUCGCUCCUACUCGUGAACUAGCCUACCAGAUUACCGCGCAAUUCUCCUCGUUGGGCUCGACGAUCGGCGUACGAUGUGUAACAAUCGUCGGUGGUAUGGACAUGAUGACGCAAUCCAUUGCCCUCUCCAAGCGACCACACAUCAUCGUCGCCACUCCCGGUCGACUGCAGGACCACCUCGAGAACACCAAAGGCUUCAAUCUCAAGACGCUCAAGUUCCUCGUCAUGGAUGAGGCUGAUCGACUGCUGGACAUGGACUUCGGACCUGUAAUUGAUAAGCUGCUGCAGAAUAUUCCAAAGGAGAGGACGACAAUGUUGUUCAGUGCGACGAUGACAACAAAGGUGGCCAAGCUGCAACGGGCCAGCUUGCGCAAUCCAGUCAGGGUCGAGGUGGGCACAAAAUACUCGACCGUCUCCACUCUCAAGCAGCACUACCUCUUCCUCCCUUUUGCACAAAAAGACCUUUACCUCGUCUACCUCAUGAACGACACCUCCCGUUCCGCCACCUCUACAAUCAUCUUCGUCCGCACAGUACACGACUGCUCGCGAAUUGCCAUCAUGCUCCGCCUACUAGGCUUUCCCGCCAUCCCCCUACAUGGUCAAAUAAGUCAAUCUGCCCGUCUCGGCGCUCUGAGCAAGUUCAAGGCAGGCGGACGCUCCAUCCUCGUAGCGACCGAUGUAGCCUCACGUGGUCUGGACAUCCCCGCAGUGGACAUGGUGGUAAAUUUCGACAUCCCUACCCACUCCAAAGACUACAUCCACCGCGUCGGCCGUACCGCCCGUGCAGGCCGGUCCGGUCGCUCCGUCACCCUCGUAACGCAGUACGAUGUAGAACUCCUGCAGCGCAUCGAGCAGGUCAUCGAUACAAAGUUGACCGAUUAUGGAGCACCUAGGGAACAGGUGGCGGUGUUGCAGGAGAGGGUCGAGGAGGCUUCGAGGGAAGCCACUAGGGAGAUUAGGGAGAAGGGAUUGGGUGGAGCGGGAGGUAAAAGAGGGAGAAAGAGAGGUGCUGGAGAUGAUCAGGAUGUGGGAAGUGAUGAUGAUGAAGGGGGAGGAGGCAUGUUGAGAGGUGGUGGAGGAGGUCAUCGGGGUCGAGGAGGUGGUGGUGGUGGUGGUGGGAGGGGUAGAGGUAGGGGAGGAGGUGGCAAGCGAGGCAGAGGUGGUAGGUGA